AUGCUUUCUACGCUCCGAUACGAAGAUUACACAAUAGGAUGGAUAUGUGCGCUCCAAGUUGAAGUGCUCGCUGCUAUGUUUAUGUUGGAUGAAAAGCACAGUGGUACAUUCUCUGGGAAGGUUGGCGACGAUAACGACUACAUAGCAGGCACUGUUGGUGGUCACAAUGUUGUUAUAGUUGGCUUGCCUAAGAAGUCAAUCGGCAAUGUCUCUGCAGCAAGCCUUGUUUCUCAGAUGAGGCAAAGUUUUCCAAAUCUUCGGUAUGGCCUGAUGGUAGGCAUUGGAGCUGGAGUGCCUGGGCGACACUUGGAACCUGAUAUCCGCCUUGGUGAUGUCGUGAUCGGUGCACCAGCGGAUAAUUCCGAUGAUGAACAAGGGGUCAUAGGCUAUGAACUUGGAAAGGAGACUGUGGACGGCUUUGUCAAGAAGAGUUGGCUUUACCCAACCGAUAGACGCUUACGAGGUGUGCUUGGGACGAUUGAAGCAGAGGCAGCAUUCAGCGGUUCUUACAGCUUCCUACAAUAUCUUGACGCUUUCCGAGCGAGACCAAAUGGCCAGAAGUUCCUGCAUCCAGGUAUAGAGAAGGAUCAACUGUACGAAGCAGACGACACCGACAGGUUGAUAGCGCGUGAUCCCCGAGACUCUCAAGAUCCGGUCGUUCAUUACGGCCUUAUCGCGUCGGGAGAUAAGCUUAUAAAGAAUGCGAAGCUCAGGGACGCAUUGAGGGACAAGUACAAUAUAAUUUGCGUUGAGAUGGAAGCAGCAGGCCUCAUGAACACAUUGCCUGUUACCGUCAUACGAGGAAUCUGCGACUAUGCUGACGCUCACAAAAAUGACGUGUGGCAUCACUACGCUGCUGCUACAGCCGCUGCAUAUGCUAAAGGGCUCCUCUACGCGAUUGGU